ACCCUCCUAAUUAUUCCAGAUAGUGGUUAACUGCAUUAUCUGGCACAUUAUUGCAUCCGGUAAUGUCCCUCCUCUUUCAUAUCAAUCUAACGAAGGCAGUUACUAAGUUAAUUGCAGGUUAGCUCAUUUCUAACUGGAAAAAUGGGGGAAAAACUUGGAGAAUCAAAUUGUAUUCAUCACGUACAUGGUCUACAUCAGGUAUAAAAUGAGCAGCGAAAUGCUUACUUUCUAGCUCCCUCAACAGUGCAGUAUAAUAUCAAGCAAUUUAUUUCCAACCCCUUCUUCCCAUGUUGCUAUUUUGUACAACCAAGAAACAGGAAUGUAAGAAAACGUGUUUGAUGGGCUACAGCAUUCCAAUCAGUAUCAGGGCCUAUACUUUGUGUUGUGAAGUGGAUAUUGCAUCAUGUUCAGUCCUCCACAUUAUCAUACUCUACAUGCAUUCUUUUGUUACGACAUCUCCUACUGCUUGAUUAGAUCUGAUUGGUUUAGUUAAUCAAAUAUAAGUUUGUCUUUAUAACUGCUAUUGGAUGGGUGUUGGGGAGAUUUGAGACUUGCACUUAGGAGCGAAAUAGGUUUUUAAUUGUAUGAAGUGUAUUACAGUCAUUUCCUUUGAUGUUGCUGUAACUCUUAUCCUGAGACUGAGAAUUUCAGUUUAAGUGGAUAGGAAAGACCCCAACUCAGAAAAGGCAUCAAGGCCCCAUGAUAAACAAAUGUCCAUGUUGACAAAACAAGUUUUCAAACUCACCCUCUGACCAAUCCUAUCCUCGUCAGUCCUCUAAACUUUAAUAUGGUUUUGGAGGGCCUUGGUGUGCCUCUACGUCAUUGGCUCACCGUCUCACCCUGAGUUAAAAAUGGAAGCACAAGCACUCUCAGUAGUGUAAACAUUUACACUAAACAGCCAAUCACAUUCCCUAGCACUGCCUUUUUCUCCCUCAGGCUCUUACCAGCAGCGGAUGGCAUAGUCAACGGUUUACAUAGAGUGGGCCAAUCAGGUUACAGAUCUGUUACUCUAGUCUAGGCCCACCUUUCUAGCAUGACGAUAUCAGAGAGAAACUAUAAAGUGCUCUGACUGCUCUAGAGGGAGGUAGAUUAACUUGCUUGGUAUAGUCAGGACUAUAUUCAGUGUUUCCCCACAGAAUCAUGAGAGAGUGUGUUGUAUCAGAAAGGGACAUGGCGUGUACAGACUGUAUGAAGGCAUCGGAUUUCUCUAUUGAUACAAAAGGAAUCAAGAAAAGAAACUGGAGGACAAGGAUACGCUAUCUUUUGAAGAUCACCUCUUCUUUUUCUUCUUCAAAAUGCAUGGCAGGAAGAUCUUACAGGCCAACAGUGGAGGAAGUCAACCAAUGGGCACAGUCACUUGACAAACUCCUGAGUCACAAAUAUGGAAAGGCAGCGUUUCAGAUAUUCCUGAAGUCAGAGUUCUGUGAUGAGAACAUAGAGUUCUGGACGGCCUGUGAGGAGUUCAGGACCAUGACGUCUCUAGGGAAACUGUCGUCGAGGGCCAGAACCAUCUAUGAAGAGUUCAUCCAGUGUGAUGCUCCUAAAGAGAUCAACCUGGACUACCAGACGAAGGAUGCUAUCAUCCAGAGCCUGCCUCUGCCCAGCCUGACGUGUUUCCUGUCGGCCCAGAAGAAGGUUUUUAACCUGAUGGAGAACAACUCGUACCCUCGCUUCAUCCAGUCUGAGCUCUACAAGGAACUGUGUGCCGUCGCCAGGGGAGAGGGGAAAUAUCUCAAGUUUUAAGAUUACUACUCGCAAGGAUUGACUAUGUAGUCAAGCAUUACAUGAAGUUACAUGGAAUGUAAAACCAUUUCACAUUUGAGCCAUGUGGCCAUUGGCAAUGCUGUAGCGCACUAUUUAUAAACAGUACUGUAGUGUAGGAAGUACAGCAAAUAACUAGCUGUAAAUGGCUUAGCCUUUACACUUGAAAAAUGUUCAUUCAACUGUGCAUCCUUGGUUUUGCAGAGUCAGCCAAAACAACACCAGGAACUUUGUGCACAUGAUUAUGCAGAUCAGAUGUAAAGUUGUUUUGUUAUUGGCUCAAAAUGGAAUUGCUUAUCCAGUUGUGUUUGAAUGCACUUUAGUCAGUUUCACCAAACACCAGUACUGGUAAAUAACUGGCGACUAACUAUUUGCAAUUGAUUGUAUACGAUGUGCGCAAGUACUUUCUGGGACCAGUCAUAUAGGUUUACAUUGGCAACUGUUUCGCUGGAGAGGUGAAUGGAGGUGAAUGUUUUGCAUUGCAUAGAGGUGUUUGCACUAAACAUUGUAGCGGAAAUGGUUUUAACCAUUCCAAUGAGUUCAGUUCAUCGUGGGUGCAGCUGGACUGCAACACUAUUGUUUUUCCUUAUUUAUCGUUUGUUAAAUACAUACAUGUCAAAUAAAAUAAUGUUGAAUUCAGAAACAAUGUAUUUUCUAGUUACUGGGCCC